AUGGGAAUACGUUUAUUGACGACAAUAUUCCUGUCACAAUUACUCGGCGUUGCUUCUUAUACGUUUCUGAAUCGAUACUAUGAACGGCUCACCCGAGACGAUCCACAAGCAUCUUUUAACCCAUUGAAUCAAGCACAAUUGAUUGAAGACGACACAACAGAUUUUGCCGACGAAUCACCGGGGACCUCAAUUGAUUUCAUGGUUGUACCGGUCCAAAUAACGAAUCCAUUGUUCAAUUUCAUCUCAAAGGCAGGCCAAUUUUACCGGUAUCUUCAGUCAGGAAGACAAUGA